CCUUUAGCUUCCUAACAUCACCGCUGGCUUAGCAGGCACGACUGAGCACAUGUUAACUAAAUACGGACUUAUCAACUACUAAUGCAGCUACAACGUUUGUUUUUCAAGUUUUGCCCUAGCACAUUACAUUUCACCAUGUAACUGCAGAAAUUGUGCAGCUCUAGCUUAAGGACUCAUCGCAACCAAAAACUUCUAACCAUUUCUCACUCGUAGCUAACAGUCCACACAAGCCUUGGGGGGCCUUGGUCUAAUGUUAAUGCAAUUUAGGGGCAUUUCAGUGGAAAGUAGCUACUGCAUUCAAUCUGCCUGAAGCCACACACUAAUUUACAUAUUUAUUGAAUCAUCAUGAUCGUCACUUUAUGAAACUCUGUAUGGAGUUUCUUUGUGAUUGAUGCUGUUAAAAAAAAUCUUGAUUUUGCUGCAGCUUUUCCCCCCUACAAUUUGCUGAGUCGUUUUGUAGAAAACUACUUAAAUUAGCAAAAUUGCAGUGAUUGUUGGUAAAUGACAGCUGUAUUCAUGUUCGACACAAAUCAAAGAAGGCUUUGGCUGAAUGAGGAUGGCAUUCGACAAGUGCUUGAAGAAAUGAAAGCUUUAUACGAGCAAAACCAAAGUGAUGUGAAUGAAGCCAAGACUGAGGGCAAAACUGAACUAAUACCAACCAUCAAGUUUCGUCACUGCAGCUUGUUGAGGAACCAGCGCUGUACUGCAGCCUACCUUUAUGACCGGCUCCUGCGAAUCCGUGCUCUCAGAUGGGAGUAUGGAAGUGUGUUGCCCACAACAAUUCGGUUCCACAUGUGUGCAGAGGAGUUGGAGUGGUUUAAUCAGUACAAGAAGUCACUGGCCACAUAUAUGAGGUCACUUGGAGGAGAGGAGGGUCUGGACAUAACACAAGACAUGAAACCCCCUAAGAGCCUGUAUAUUGAGGUGCGCUGCUUGAAGGAUCAUGGGGAGUUUGAAAUCGAUGAUGGAACAGUUAUUCUCUUAAAGAAGAAUAGCCAGCAUUUUCUGCCCCGAUGGAAGUGUGAGCAGCUGAUUCGGCAGGGAGUACUGGAACACGUCAUUUCUUAACAUGACCUUUUUCGUGGGUUUUGAUAGUUAAUAACUAUAAAUUAACAUUUGUGUCUGUCAAUUACAUGAAUUUCAGUAAUUCAAAGAAUUUAUCAAAGCAGUGUCCACUUGUUUUGCUGCAUGAAAUUUUACUGUCAAACUGUACAGUGAUUUCAUGUGUACAUCAUCUAUAUCACACUGCUGCUAUGGCUUAAGCAGGUCCAUUUUUCUUUUUUGAAUAAAUGCUGUGAAGGUGAUGAUACAGUUGAGAAUAAUCAAUAAAAUUACAGCUUUUGCAAAA